AUGGCUGCUAUGAUUCAAUCGUUUCCCCAGCAGAACGGAACAGUCACCAUGCUUCAAACGAGACCUGGCUCAUCAUCAGCCAUGUCGGGACACUCUCAUAGCCAUUCCCAGUCAGGCUCUGGCCAGCAGUAUGCAUCAGCCUCGCAGACAAGUCGAAACAACUCAUACGCCGUGCCUGGUAUGGUGAAUGGGCAGACAAGCUAUCGGGGCAUAGCUGCAAAUCCAGUUCAGCCAUAUGCCUUCACAUCGACUCCUGCCUUGAGCAACAAUGGACAGUGGCAGCCAUAUGGAACAUUGAGGACAUCAUCAAGCCCAUCCUUGCCAACAACGCAAACGAUAAGUGGUAAUAUGGUUUCACGCCCUCAAUACCAACAACACGCUUCCAUGACCAAUCUUCCCAGCUCGGCCAGGAUACCUGCACAAACAAUGGCUCGCGAUGAUUCCGCCCUUCCAUCUGCCACGAAGCAGCAAAUGAUGAGCCAGCCGACCUUUGCCCAGGUUGCAGGCGGAAAAGCUGCUCCGGAUCGAUACAGGCGGCCAGCACAACGAGCUCCAGUCGAUUCGUCGUCAAGUACCUCAUCGCAAUCGCAGAGUUCUAGCGCAGGUUCAGGCUCAGCAAUGCCAUCUGGAUCGGGUAUGGCCACGGUUGUUCAUUUGUAUAAUCCGCGAGUCACCGGCCAAAGGAUGCCAGUACACAGAAAUUCGGCGACGCUGGCAGCUCGACCGCACAGUCUUUAUGGCUAUGUGCCAGGGAUGUCGGCAGAUGAUAUGCUGAUUCAACGCCAGCCAACCGAGGAAGAAAUGAGGCGAUUCCGUCGACGCAGCAUGCACUCGAUUGAUACGUCAGAUUAUCCUAUUCCUUUGACCCCGCAAGAGCUGAAGCAGCAAACUGAAGCCGCUCGCCGCGCAAGAAAGGCUAGCAUAUCUGACAAGAGCCAAAAAGCGUCGCCACGCGUUGUGCCUGUCCCAGUUGCGGCAAGCAACACGAAUCAGAACACUGCUACGCAGGCCCGGAAUGGCAGCUCUGAAAGCCUCGUGUCUAGCAAGAGUAGCAACUCUCGGCCAUCUUCGUCUACCAAUCGAAACUCCAACGCAUCCGUCCCCACAGCCAGCCCCGCCUCGACAAUUACCACGUCCGACGACAAGUCCAACACUCUGGAUACCCCAAAAUCGGUCAACAUUCCUCCUAGGGGAUCUUCGUCGGAUGCUGCGAAGCGAGUUCUCACUCCUUCGCCACUAUCCAAGCCGGCAACCAUGCCUUCUGACGAGGCUGCCAAACCUGCAUCAGACAAUGCUCCUGCCGCCGCGCCAUCGAAGCCCCCUGGCUCAUCCCAUGGGCCCGCAGCGAACAGCCCUGCCGCACAACACCUGGCGGCUAUCAACGAAAAAGGAAAAUCAAAGAGCAAAACAUCUCGACUUCGUCGAGCUUUCUCUUUUGGCAGUGCCGCUGACUUUAAGAAGGCUGCUGGUCAAGAUGUCUCCGAUGAUGCCAGCCGAAUCGGCCAUCAUGAUGCUGGCAAGCUACGGAAGGAGCCUGAUACCGAUGAUUUGUACGAGCAGGAACAAGCUCGCAUUGCUCAAAAGCAAGAGGCCAGCGGCCUUGGUAACAACAUCUACUCGGGCACCAAAAUCUUCACCGGGUCGACGGAUAAUUUGUCGAUUUCUUCAACUGCAUCAUCUGCAUCCAUCAUGCUGCGGAAGAUGGGCAAGGGCAUGAAAAAGGGCGGGCGUUCUCUCGCAGGCUUAUUCCGGCCAAAGUCUGUGAUUGGCUCACCUAUUGGAGAGGUGGCUGCCCCCGAAGCCAGCCAAGCAGCAGUGUCCAUGAUUACAGUUGAGGCCGAACGGGAAAGGGUCAAUGUUACCUCGAACGCAGAUCUGUCUCAUCAGGCAGGGGCAUCUGGAUUUCCACGCCUGGAACGUAAUUCGUUGGAUGCCAUGGAUCAAGUGCAUCACGAUAGCCUCAAGUCAGAUCGCGUGGGUAGCUCUGACAACGACUCGAUGGCUCGAAAGAGCAUUGUCGGAGGAGAAAAGGAACGGGCAGAAGUCCUCGGUGCCAUUCGAAAAGGCAUUCUUAAGACCCGCAGCAACUCACCGAGCCCCUCGCCGCAAGCCGGCAAAGGGCCUGUCUUUGAGCUUCCCAUGAUUCCCAACGUCUCGGAUUCUCCCAACUCGACGGCGCCUAGCACUCCCAACGAAGAUGGCUCUGGCAAGCUCCCGGGAUCCAUUACUAUUGGCAGUGAGGACUAUUUCAUGUCUGCUUUGAAGCUCCGCCAAGACUCCAAGAGUGCACCGGGAACGCCACAGGGUGUGCUGAGCAAGCGCAACGCUACUUUCAGCCCUAGGCUCAUAUUCCAUGACACUUGGCCGCCUCAGGAGUAUGACAGGCGAGGUGAGAUUGCUACUUGCAAUCGUCUGACGCCCAUGCUGGCACAACAGAUCAAGGAGGAACUGAACAGUUUCAAGAUGGAGAUGGAGGUUCAUGAAACGUCCAAAAUUUAUACGCACUUUUUCUGA